GCGACGCGAAGGGAGCCGUAGCCGGAGCAGCAUGAUGGCGGCGGCGGCCGAGGCCGGGGGCGAAGAGGGCGGCUCUGGGGAGCCUGGCGGACAUGGCGGCGGCGGAGGCCCUCCAGCGGCUGCCUCCUCCACCUGCGGCUUGAGCCCUUCUCCUUCGCUGGGGAGGCCUCCCCCUCCGGAGACGCCCAAGGCCCCGCUUCCCGAGGGCGGAGGCGAAGGACGAGGCGCCGCCACAGCUGCCGUCGCCGCCGCCUCCGGGGGCUUCCCCCCGCUGCCCCCGCCGCCUCAGCCGCCUCUUCCGGCCGGGGGCCUGAGCACGGUGGACGAAGGCGACUCUCUGGACGGGCCCGAGUACGAGGAGGAGGAGGUGGCCAUCCCGCUCAACGCGCCCCCCACAAACCAAUGGUAUCAUGGGAAGCUUGACAGAACAAUUGCAGAAGAACGCCUUCGACAAGCAGGGAAGCCUGGAAGUUACCUUAUUCGAGAGAGCGAUCGAAGGCCAGGAUCAUUUGUCCUCUCGUUCCUUAGUAAAACCAGUGUUGUUAAUCACUUUAGGAUUAUUGCAAUGUGUGGUGACUAUUAUAUUGGUGGACGACGAUUUUCUUCACUUUCUGACCUAAUAGGUUAUUACAGCCAUGUGUCUUGUUUGCUUAAGGGAGAAAAAUUGUUAUUUCCUGUGGCACCGCCAGAGCCAGUAGAGGACCGCAGGAGAGUCCGAGCCAUUCUGCCAUACACUAAAGUGCCAGAAACAGAUGAAAUAAGCUUCCUUAAAGGAGAUAUGUUUAUUGUCCACAAUGAAUUAGAAGAUGGAUGGAUGUGGGUUACAAACCUACGUACAGAUGAACAAGGCCUUAUAGUAGAAGACCUAGUGGAGGAAGUGGGGCGAGAGGAAGAUCCACAUGAAGGAAAAAUAUGGUUCCAUGGUAAAAUCUCCAAACAAGAGGCAUACAGCUUGCUGAUGACAGUUGGUCAGGUGUCAAGCUUUCUUGUGCGACCUUCUGACAACACACCUGGAGAUUACUCCCUCUACUUCCGUACCAGUGAAAACAUACAACGCUUUAAAAUAUGUCCAACACCAAAUAACCAAUUUAUGAUGGGGGGCAGGUACUAUAACAGUAUUGCUGACAUUAUUGAGCACUAUAGAAAAGAACAAAUUGUUGAAGGCUACUAUCUUAAAGAUCCUGUUCCAAUGCAGCAUCAAGGACAAGUACUUAAUGACACAGUAGAUGGAAAAGAAAUCUACAAUACAAUUCGUCGUAAAACAAAGGAUGCAUUCUAUAAAAAUAUUGUUAAAAAAGGUUAUCUCCUGAAAAAAAGUAAAGGAAAGCGAUGGAAGAACUUAUACUUCAUUUUAGAAGGGAAUGAUGCUCAACUUAUUUAUUUUGAAAGUGAAAAACGAGCCACUAAACCCAAAGGAUUGAUAGAUCUUAGUGUGUGUUCUGUGUAUGGUGUUCAUGAUAGUUUGUUUGGCAGGCCAAACUGUUUUCAGAUAGUAGUUCAGCACUUUAGUGAAGAACAUUACAUCUUUUACUUUGCAGGAGAAACUCCGGAACAAGCACAGGAUUGGAUGAAAGCUUUGCAGACAUUUUGCAAUUUAAGAAAAACUAGUCCAGGAACAUCUAAUAAACGUCUGCGUCAGGUCAGCAGUCUUAUACUACAUGUGGAAGAAGCCCAUACACUUCCAGCAAAGCAUUUUACUAGUCCUUAUUGUAAUAUCUACUUAAAUUGUGUGCAAGUAGCAAAAACACAUGUACGAGAAGGACAGAAUCCUGUGUGGUCAGAGGAGUUUGUGUUUGAUGAUCUUUCAUCUGAUAUCAAUAGAUUUGAAAUAAGUCUUAGUAACAAAACAAAGAAGAGUAAAGAUCCAGAUAUAUUGUUUAUGCGAUGUCAGUUGAGCCGUCUUCAGAAAGGACAGGCAACAGAUGAAUGGUUUCAGCUCAGUUCACACAUACCUUUGAAAGGCAUUGAGCCAGGCUCUUUACGUGUCCGAGCACGGUAUUCGAUGGAGAAAAUAAUGCCAGAAGAGGAAUACAGUGAGUUUAAAGAGCUGGUAUUGCAAAAAGAGCUGCAUGUCGUUUACGCCUUAUCACGUGUGUGUGGACAAGAUCGAACACUUCUGGCUAGCAUUUUACUGAAGAUUUUUCUUCAUGAAAAACUGGAGGCAUUAUUACUGAGAACACUAAAUGACAGAGAAAUAUGUGUGGAAGAUGAAGCCACUACCUUAUUCCGUGCCACAACGCUGGCAAGUACACUUAUGGAGCAGUAUAUGAAAGCUACAGCCACACGUUUUGUUCACCAUGCUCUAAAAGACUCUAUUUUAAAGAUAAUGGAGAGUAAGCAGUCUUGUGAGUUAAAUCCUUCAAAAUUAGAAAAGAAUGAAGAUGUAAAUACUAAUUUAGCACAUCUUUUGAGCAUUCUCUCAGAGCUGGUGGAGAAAAUUUUUAUGGCUGCAGAAAUACUACCUCCGACACUGAGGUAUAUUUAUGGUUGUUUACAAAAGUCUGUUCAAAAUAAAUGGCCAGCCAACACAACUAUGAGAACAAGAGUGGUUAGUGGUUUUGUUUUUCUUCGACUCAUUUGUCCUGCCAUUCUGAAUCCAAGAAUGUUUAAUAUAAUCUCAGGAAAAAAACAACACAGGGACCCAGAAGGGGAGGUAGAGCAGGUAUGUGUGAAGGCACAGAUGACCACUCAAAGAACCACAGUUACAGAUUCUCCUUCUCCUACUGCUGCAAGAACACUGACGCUGGUCGCCAAGUCUGUGCAGAAUCUAGCAAAUCUAGUUGAGUUUGGGGCAAAGGAGCCCUAUAUGGAAGGUGUAAAUCCUUUUAUCAAGAGUAACAAACACCGGAUGAUCAUGUUUUUGGAUGAACUUGGGAAUGUACCUGAACUUCCAGACACUACAGAGCCCUCUAGAACUGACUUGUCACGUGAUCUAGCAGCCCUUCAUGAAAUUUGUGUAGCACAUUCUGAUGAACUUCGAACACUGAGUAAUGAACGAGGGGCAAUGCAGCAUGUGUUGAAGAAGCUGCUGGCAAUAACAGAACUGCUUCAACAAAAGCAAAAUCAGUAUUCUGUGUCUAACAACAUCAGGUAGCAGCUUUCUGCAUGAUCUAGCAUGUUCAGUAUGACAACAUUCACCAAUAUCACUUCCUCUUUGCUCUUGCCAAAAAUAGCACACACAUUUCCAGUGAUGUGUGAACUAUGCAAAACACAAAAACAAAGAACCUGUUGGUGACUGAACAUAACCAGCAGCUUUAAGCUAUCUGUGCAGGACACUUGCACUUUCUUCCACUUGGAAACAAUUUUCACAACCUCUGAGCCUUGGUGUACAGAUCACCUUCCACAAAGAAAAUGCUGUGACUGUCUCUAUGAACUUUAGAGUUGUUUCAACACCUCCAAUUGCCAAAGUCUUGCUGUCUUUUUGGGGGGAAACAAAAACAAAUCUAUAGCCAACUGCUAAGGAAAUGUUUUGACAGCAAAGUAUAACUGGAUAGAACACACUUUACUGUAAUUUCACUGGUUACAACUAUAUUAGGAUUGUUCAACCACUUUGAAAUAUAUUUACAGCUUCCAGAAUUUGAUAAGAAAUCUUUGCCGUACACUUUUUGUACCAUUUGAUUUCUCUUGUUUAGAAUUGUGUUGAAAGAAUAUGCAGUCUGGGGUUUGUCAAGCUUUUUUUCAAAUGUGCCACUUAUUAUUUGAAUGAUUUUUCCCAUCAAGGACUGUAUAUCCAAAUAAAUCACAGUGCUUUUUGUAAAAUGUUUACAACAGUAAAUAAUUUGAAUUAAGUUUAUUGAUUAUUGUAUCAGGCAUGCAUGCAUUCAUUAAACAAUUUUAUAGCAUA